AUGGGACCCAUUGAUACUGGACUGUUGGAUGUGGACAAGUGCCAGGACACGGCCGCCGGCCAGGGCGUCUCGGCCAUGCCCACGUUCAUAUUCUACAGAAACCGCACCAAAAUCGAUCGAAUUCAGGGCGCUGAUGUCAACGGACUGGAGGCCAAGAUUCAGGAACAUAUUGGCACCAGCAGCGGCGAAGAGGCCGGCGAAGACUAUGGCCAGGGACUGAUGGAGCUCAAUACAUUCAUUUCGAAGCAGGAGUGCGAGUGCCUGAAUGAGGCCGACGAACACAACCUCAAGCACGCGCUGGCCUCAGCCGGCGGCUACUUGCAGUCCGACUGCGAUGAGCAGCUCAUCCUAUCCAUCACUUUCAACCAAGCCGUCAAGAUUCAUUCGUUAAAGUUCAAGGCCCCGUCGCAGCUGGGUCCCAAGGAUGUGAAGUUGUUCAUCAAUCAGCCGCGCACCAUUGACUUUGACAUGGCCGAGUCCAUGAGCAGCGUUCAAGAUCUAACCUUGGCCGAGAAGGAGCUGGAGAAUGGCGCACCAGUCAAUCUGCGCUAUGUGAAAUUCCAGAAUGUACAAAACAUACAAAUCUUCGUGAAGAACAACCAGUCGGGCGGCGAUGUGACACAGAUCGAUUAUAUUGGCUUCAUCGGCUCCCCAAUCAUGACAACAAAGAUGAACGACUUCAAGCUUGUGGCCGGCAAGAAGGGCGAAAGCCACUAGGACAGUCCGCCCCUC